AUGUCAAAUGUUCUGCUGCUAAUCUUGGCUCUCAGAGUCCUCAAUUCUUUUCUAACUCGCACAUAUUUCCAAGCAGAUGAAUUUUGGCAGGCACUCGAGCCUGCUCAUUUUAAAGCUUUUGGAUAUGGGCACUUGACCUGGGAAUGGGAACACGGAUUGAGAAGUUAUGCGUUUCCAUUACUUUUCGAGCUUGGGUAUCGAUCUGUGAAAUUGCUCAUGAUUAUCCAGAAUCACUUUUUGGCUGCUAUCGCAUACAUCGUAGAUAUUAUUCCUUUGACUACAGAUUGGGGGAGCAAACUUACAUAUUAUGCAGAUGUUUACUCUACGAUAUGUGAAUAUUACAUGGUAUUAUACACACCUAAGAUAAUAAUGAGUGCUGUGGCAGCUACUGGGGAGUAUUAUACAAUCAAAUGGAUACAGAAAAUAUAUCUACUGACAAUGGAUAAGAGCAGUGAUUCGAAAGCGGUAGAGAGACUACCUAAGUUGACCCAAAUUUCGGUACUGCUUACUCUUACAAACUUUUUUAAUUGUUUUAUCAUAACAAGAACAUUUAUUAAUUCAUUCGAAAUGUGUUCGACAUGCGUUGCCUUGUUUUAUUGGGAUUGGUCUGGAGGUGUUUUUAUUGAAUCGAAAGAAUUCACUACAUCCCUAGCGAUUGCCAUGUUUACAUGCCUACAAAGACCAAGCAAUGGCUUGAUAUGGCUAAUCUUAGGAGGAUACCUGAUACUAAAUCUGCUUUUCGCUGGGCAAACGAUGAAAAUUGCAUAUUUGCUGCGCAAAGUGGCAUUGGUACUCAUUAGUACAGUUGCCUGCAACGCAUUGAUUGAUUAUUAUUUUUAUGGAAGUUUUGUACUGCCAGUUUUUCGUUUCCUGAAGUUCAAUCUCACCACUUCCUUAUCUAGCUUCUAUGGUGUAGCGCCGUGGCAUUUUCAUGUAGCACAAAGCCUGCCAAUUAUUUUGGGAUACAGCAUCCCGCUGUUUGCUUAUGGUAUGCUAACACCGCAAACUAAAAAAAAAUUCCCACAUUUCUGGAUGAAUCCGUAUGUUCAAGUUAAAACUGUGAUCGUUUUUAACCUAGUAAUAUACUCAUUGCUACAGCAUAAAGAGUUCAGAUUCAUUUAUCCAUUGCAGCCGCUAUUCAUUCUCAUUUCUUCUGUAUCUGCCAUAAACAUACUUGAUCGAUUUAAAGCCAAUCAGAACAAAUUAAAAAACUUGACAUAUGCCCUUUCAUUCAUUUCCGUUCUGGUAGCAUGUAUUUUGAAUCUUCUCUUAGAAGGAGGUGUGAUCUCGGUUGUGAUAGAUCUACACAAGGGAUCGGAUAUUCACAGCAUAGGCUUCAUUAUGCCCUGCCACUCAACCCCAUGGCAGUCACAUCUGCAUAGAAACGAUAUCAACACGUUAUGGUCAAUAAGCUGCGACCCACCAUUGCAUUUACUGGAUGAUUCAGAUGCUCAGAACAAGCUUCUGCUUUAUAUGGAUCGAAGUGAUUAUUUAUAUGAGAACAUACCGAAAUUCAUCCAUAACAAUUUCCCCCCACUGACAUCCCCGCUGAAUGAGGGACUUGAGAAAGAAUUUAGAUAUGAAUGGCCACAGUAUUUGAUUAUUUUUGAGCAUCUUGAUGAUGCCUUCAUGAAAUCCUUCCUACAGGGGACACCUUAUGUUCAGUCCACUCGUUAUUUUAACACGUUCUCUCAUUGGGAUCAUAGGCGACGAGGUGAUGUUAUCGUAUAUAAAAGAACUGAUCUAUAG